AUGACUCGGCCGCCUCUAGGCGUGAGUUUCGCGCAGUUCUUUCCAAACGCUCCAAGGGUGAGAGCAGAAGCCCAAGGCCGGGCGGAUCGCGAGCGAUCACGGCGCAAUAGCAUUCAAGGAGGCGAUUCGUACUCAGAUCCCGCUGCCGGCGCGCUGAACACGAACGCAACCGGUUUUGCUCGGCCGUCACACUCUAAUAUCCCAUCGGAUGCUCCCCAUCCACAAAACGACGAUCACGACACUCCUCUGGGAGACAUACUGAGUGCCGUCGGAUCAGCCAGCUCGCAUACGAGCUCUGCGUCCUCUGUUUGUAGCGCCUCACAAAAGCAAACCAAAACGACGGCCUCAUCUCUUAUAUCCGCAAGAACGACCCCUCUUACCGCUCCAGACUCAUCGUCCUACUCGCCCGUCCCCUCGUCUUUAAAGCCAGAUAUGCCGCCACUGGAAGCAGCCGACCAAGGCUCGGGACACAGUCAUGAUGCAAGUCUAACUCAAGGCCGAAAUGGUCUUGACUCUGUCGCUACCCAACAUGUUGAUCGCCCGUCGGCUCGAGAUCCACUUCCAUCUGUCAAAGGCCUGAUAUGUACAUAUGAUCCGAUACUCGAUCGAGCACGGAAUAAAGGGGCCGGCAAAGGUUCCAAACCGACAUAUGCAGAAUUUGGAUGGAACGAUGACGCCCCCCCUUCCGACCCGCGUCUGCAAAAGGCUGGGGGUCGGCUUGGCUACAUCAAUACCGACUAUUACCUACCCAAAGCUCGAUUGCGCCCUGCGCCAGAAAAUCUGAAACCUUAUCCCUAUGACCUGAAGACAUCCAUCGGGCCCGGCCCACCGACGCAGAUUAUCGUGACGCGCUACAACCCUCUGGUUCCCUUCAACAAAGUGACGGCUGUCUUCGCAACAUUCGGAGAUAUUGCGGAGAGCAGCAACAAAAUGCAUCCUGAUACAGGCUGCUACCUUGGUUUUGCGACCAUUCGCUAUCGUGACUCUAAGCGCUCAGGACGACCAGCUGUCUCAGCAAUUGAUGCCGCUCGCCGUGCCGUGCGGGCCCGUGGUAUCAAGAUCGAUUCAGACAUAGUCAAGGUGGAAUAUGAUCCAGAGGGGCGUAAGAGUCGACGAAUGCUGGAAGAACACCUCAAAAGAGAGAGAGAGAAACACAACAAGGAGAAGCUGGCUAGGGAGCAAGCCACUUCUAAAGCGCCUCCAACAGGUCCAAAAUCUUCAGCCCUGGCGGCGCCUUUCGUGCGACCUCCCCCGACAGCACCCAAGGGACCGACUGGGCCGAGGCCAACACCUACAACAGUAGCACCGCCCCCCAGCGCAACGACAGCCAUCAGGUCACAAGGCCCUAUCGAGUCGCAAAAUAUUUCAAGUCAAUUGGACAAUGACCCUUAUAUCUUUAUCUCUUCUGAAGAUGUGCCAAUAUUACCCAGCAUCGUACCGCACAUGAAGAAACGGCUGAAGAAUUACGGGUUCGAAGAAAUUCGUCUCGACCGUACCGGCUUCUACGUCAUCUUCCGAAGCUCGUUCACAGGGAAAUCGGAAGCUGAACGAUGCUACCGAGCCGUCAAUCAUACCGAGUUUUUCAACUAUGAUAUGGCCAUGCAGCUUUGUUUGCCGAGACCGACUCGUGGUGCAGACUCUGAACGCAGACGCAGUCCUUCUCCGCCACCCACAAGAGAUAGGGAAAGGGACAAGGAGAUGCUAGCACGGCGACGAUAUGAGGAAAUGAAGCGGCGUCGACGAGAAGAGGAAGCGGACCUCGAAGAAGAAAAGAAGCAGAGAGCUAAGAACUUUGAUCCUGUCUUCGAGGCCGUGGAGGCGGUCCGUCGAGAAAUGACGGAGCACCUGAUACGGCAUAUUCGGACACAGGUCGCUGCGCCAUGCCUCUCUGACUUUCUCGAUCCUUCUAACCACGUCGCCAAGAGACGAAAAUUCAACCUAGACCAGAUUGAUGAUGAUGAAGACGACGAUGGCAAUAGCCCAAGAGUUGGGACACCAAAUUCAGGAACGGAUCCAAUCGAGCGACGAACAGGGCGCCUUGAGCCAAGAACGUUACCCCGGAUACGAAAGGUCAAGGCCAAGGGCCACCGCAAUAUGUUUGUUGAUCCCUUCUCACGGAAGCGUCAGUCUGCUGGAAGAAGUGCGUUUCGUUCCUUGCACCAUCGUCUCAAGAGUCUGGACAGCGAUUUCGAGUCCGAUGAUGAUACUGAUGCUAGAGCGCUGGCUGCUCGUGACACCGAGGAGCCUGAAUCGCGACCUAGAAGUCGCAUGAGUACGGAUGACGAAUUUGGCUCUUGGGGUCGUGGUGGAGACGACGACUCUAUGACAGAAUCCAGCCUGGCUAUUUUAGAUCGACCAUCAUUAAAGAAAAGGAAGUUGGAAACUUCUAUCGAGAAGGCUUUUAAGCGACAAAAGAAAUCUGAUGAAGAGCUUUUCAGUGUAAAAAUUAGCCACAUCGAUACAGAUAUCGAUGGACGCGGGGCAUCUACAGAUAUUGGUGCCGAUGUUGAUCUCCUAGGUGAGCUUGACAGCGGUGCGUCCAGAUCCGUGACGCCAAUUCCCCAAACUUUGAAAGGCGCCAAGAAGAAGAUAGGAAGGCCGAAGAAGAAAACCAAAAAGCAGCUCUUAGAAGAGCAAGAAGCACUGAAGAAGCAACAAGAGCCAGAGCUCGGCGAUGAAGGCGACGAGGAGAUAUCUUUGCCUGCCAAGGUGGAGGAGGCGAGCAUCCCGAAAGUCGAUGCACCUAUCGACAAGUAUGAUGAGCGACUAUUCUCUACCACACCUCUCACCGCUGCUCUCGUAUUGCCUGAUGGUUUCAAGCCCGACAUUACGGCAUUGCAAAAGCUAGCUCUUGGAAUCAGAGAUAAGCCCGAUGUGGCUAAACUGCAAAAGAAGUUUAGCAUUGCGGAUGUUGGAAAUGCCGAGCUUUGGUUAUGGAAGCGCAACCGAGUGAGAGAACUAAACUCGAAGAACAAGUCCUUCGACCAUCCGGUGUCCAUAGAAGGAUAUUACGUUCCAAAUGCCACAGGCUGUGCCCGCACAGAAGGAGUCAAGAAGAUUCUCAACUCUGAAAAAUCAAAAUACCUGCCACAUCAUAUCAAAGUGCAGAAAGCUCGACAAGAACGCCAGGCCCGCUCCAAGAGAAAUGGUAAAGACUGUGCCCAUGCUGCCACUGAAGCAGCCAAGAUUGCAGCUGAGAAAAUAGCCAAGGGCAAUUCCCGUGCCAAUCGGGCCACAAACCGUCGUUACGUUGCUGAUCUGAAUGAUCAAAAGAAGACGCUCGGGCAGGACUCUGACGUCUUCAAGUUCAAUCAGCUUAAGAAGCGAAAGAAGCCAGUCAAGUUUGCUCGAUCUGCUAUUCACAACUGGGGUCUCUAUGCCAUGGAAAACAUCAACAAGGACGACAUGAUUAUCGAGUACGUGGGCGAGGAAGUCCGUCAACAAAUCGCGGAAAUACGGGAGAACCGUUAUCUCAAGAGCGGUAUUGGGAGUAGCUACCUUUUUCGGAUCGAUGAUGAUACUGUCAUUGAUGCAACCAAGAAGGGGGGCAUUGCACGAUUUAUUAAUCACAGCUGCAUGCCGAACUGUACAGCCAAGAUAAUCAAGGUCGAAGGAAGUAAGAGAAUUGUCAUAUAUGCCCUCCGUGACAUUGCAAUGAACGAAGAAUUGACGUAUGACUACAAAUUCGAGCGAGAAAUUGGCAGCUUGGAUCGUAUCCCAUGUCUCUGCGGCACCGCAGCUUGCAAGGGCUUCCUUAACUGA